AUUUUCAGAGGCUUACCUGUUCGAUUUUCAACCUGCUUCUGCCGGUAUCUUGGUGUCCAGCGACUGUGGAUCCUAAGCGAGGGCAGCGGAAGGCAAGGGAGCGGGAAAUGGAGAAGAUAACCUUUGAGGAUGUGGCCAUAAAUUUUACGUGGGAAGAAUGGACUUUGUUAAAACUUUCUCAAAAGAAGCUCUACAGAGAUGUGAUGUUGGAAACCUUGAGCAACCUGGCCUCUAUAGAAAAGAAGCAGGAAAACCAAAAUACUGAAGAUAACUACAAAAGGCCAAGGGAAGACGUAAGACCUCAGUGUUUAGAGAGAUUCUCUGAACAUGAAGUAAGUAGUCAAUGUGAUGAAGCCUGCCAGCAGAAUGUAAAACAUAGCACGAAUGAGAAAACUCUAAGUCUGGUAGCACCUUUUGAAAACUCUGAGUUUGGAGAAACCAUCCUUGCUCAAUCACGCAUGGGUAUGCCUUUCAGAGCUCACACAAAACAGAUAACUUCACAGUACCAGGAAUGUGUGGAGAGCCCCAGCACUCAUAACGAAAGUGGGAGAGCCUGCAGGAAAUUUCUUCAGGGGAACAUUGGCUAUAGAAUGCAUAAUAUGGAAAAUAAUCCAUUUGCAGCUAAACAAUAUGAAAACUACUAUAGUUGCAGUUUAUUCCAUAUACAAGAACAAAUGGACACUCAAGUUAAACAGUGCUGUGAAUGUCUGCACUGUAAAAGAUCUUACCUUCCCUCCAGUACCCUUCAAGAGUCCAAAAGAAUUUACCCUGGCGAGAGACCCUAUCGGUGUGAGCAGUGUGGGAAAAUGUUCCCUUUCUACUCUAAUCUUCGAAGACAUGAAAUCAUUCACACUGGAGAGAAACCAUAUAUGUGCGAGCAAUGUGGGAAGUGCUUCCGUUCCUCUGUUAACCUUUCAUCACAUAGAAGAACUCACAGUGGAGAGAAACCUUUCAGAUGUCAGCUAUGUGAGAAAGCUUUUAUUAACUCUAGGGACCUUAAAGUGCAUGAAAGAACUCACACUGGAGAGAAGCCCUACACAUGUAAGCACUGUGGGAAAACCUUCACUUACUCUCGUCACUGUAAAGUACAUGAAAGAAGUCACACUGGAGAAAAGCCCUACACAUGUAAGCAAUGUGGGAAAAGCUUCACUUCCUCUGAUUACCUAAAAGCACAUGAAAGAGGUCACAAUAAAGAGAAUCUCUACAGAUGUAAGCAAUGUGGGAAGACCUUCACUUCCUCUAGUUACCUUAAAGCCCAUGAAAGAACUCACACUGGAGAGAGACCCUAUGGAUGUAAGCAAUGUGGCAAAACAUUCACUUUUUCCAGUGCCCUUCGAGUACAUGAAAGAAUUCACACUGGAGAGAGACCCUAUGGAUGUAAGCAAUGUGGGAAAACAUUCAGCGUUUCCUCUGUCCUUCGAAGACAUGAAAAUACUCACAUUGGAGAGAACUAUGAAUAUCAACAGUGUGGGAAAACUUUUACUGUUCUUUGUAAAGACAUGAAAGAACACAAGUGAACAAAACCUUACAGGUGUAAGCAAUUUAGGAAGACCUUACAUUUUCUACUCAGAUAAUAUUCUGAGUAGCUAAAGCCUCUGGCUCCUGGCUUGUUUUGUUCUUUUGACACAGGAUCUCACCCUUAGAGCAGCACUGGCUCCCUUAGAACUUGUGAUUUUUCCUUCUUGAAGAUAAGAAGCUGUUUGUUGUGUGUCCUUACAAUGAUCCUGACUAUUUUGGGUCCUGAGUGGAGGAGGGCUGUGGUCAUAGACACUUCUUUUUCUGCAAUAAUAAACCAAUCUUAAGAUAAAAUCUCAGUGAUCUUCUGUACUGUGAGCUUGGGAGGGUAUAGGUAGCUGUGUAUUUAGGUACAGGCAUCUGUAAAGGUUUCCCAAGAAGAAGACAACAUCUUCAGCUUCUGGGAACAGAAAGACUCCUUUCCUUUGUCAUCUUCUGUUCUCUGCUUCCCGUGCCUCACUUUGUCUGAACACACUGUCCUUGCUACAUUUGGUCUGUGAGGAGGAGCAUGGUGCACUUGACCUCUGAGACAAAGGGCCCCAAAGGCAAGGAAAGUUGCAUGCUGGAUAUCCCAGCAUGGGCAGUGAGCCCCUGGCUGGACCUUGGUGAAAUGAGCACACGACAUUGGUCUUCACCAUCCAGGAUCAUGUGCCAACCAGCUUGCUGCUGUGCUGCCUUCCUCUCACACCUGGUAUGUGGACACUGUUGCAGAAGCUCAUAACAGGGACAGCCUGCAGCAAAUGCUUGGUGGAGGACAGGGCCAGAGGUCAAGCUGGCCAAGAGGCCAGCAGCUGGAGGAUCCUUCCAUGAGCCUUCUCAACCUUGUGCUCCUCAGCCUUUACUUUUCUGGUCAUACAUGCCAGCUGUCAGAACAUGUUGAGAGAGAGAGCCUUGCUGGAGAUGGGCCAUGCCUUAAUUGGCCAGUUGAAAAUUUGGCUUAAUGGGGACAAAGUGGAACCUCCAUGGAGUUUCUCCUGAAAAAGGGUUUAAUUCCUUUAUUUUUAUUCCCAUGACAGGGGCUUGAAUUCAGGGAGAGUUUUCUCUCCUAGCUUUUUCAAUGAGGGCUGUCAUCUCACUCACAAUUGUUUUUUGCUUUGGUAGUGGUUGAUUGUAAGUAACAUGUCCUGUGGAUUUUUCUGCCA